CUUGAUACCGGAGGUUCUCGACGUUUGCAAGUGGUUAUGGUGCGGGAGCUAGUAACUGUUAGUAAGAUGAAGAGAGGAAUCAGACAGAGAUAAGAUACCGGCUGCUUUCCCCAUUUUGCUUUGUGGGUAAGUGGUCAAUGAAUCUAUCAAUGGACGAGAUCCGAGGCAGUGCGAACUAGACCUUGAUUGGUUCAGAGAUCCCACUUGUCAAUUUUGCACCAAUCCGACAUGAGUGCGCAUAGUCAACGUGUAGAAAUGAAACUGAUCAUCGCCCAGGGGGUAGUCUAUCCUCCUCGUAUUAUGUAAAAAGAGCUUGGCGCAGCCGUGCAGUCGAGGCCGAACCGCAGGAUUUAAUAAGUUUAGUUGUUUAUUCUUGUGCUCGCGGGCCGUACCAUCAGCAGCCUAGUAUUCAGUUUCGAUAAUGAGUACGUUUGGAGCAGUUUAACAUUGAAAACAAUGAUGCCGGUAUCUUGUCUCAAGGGGGGACUGUAAGAGCUCGGACUAGUUGAACGCGGAACCGGUGGAGCAAAAGGUGAAUCAUGACAGAGUACAAGCUGGUGGUGGUUGGAGCUGGAGGCGUGGGGAAAAGCGCCUUGACCAUUCAGCUCAUUCAGAACCAUUUUGUGGAUGAAUACGACCCCACAAUUGAGGACUCCUACAGGAAGCAGGUGGUGAUUGACGGGGAGACGUGUCUGCUGGACAUCCUGGACACGGCUGGUCAGGAGGAGUACAGUGCCAUGCGGGACCAAUAUAUGCGCACUGGGGAGGGCUUCCUCUGUGUCUUUGCCAUCAACAACACCAAGUCUUUCCAGGACAUCCACCACUAUCGAGAGCAGAUCAAGCGGGUGAAGGACUCAGAGGACGUGCCCAUGGUGCUUGUGGGAAAUAAGUGUGACCUUCCAUCUCGCACUGUGGACACCAGGCAAGCCCAGGACCUUGCCAGGAGUUACGGCAUUCCCUUCAUUGAGACAUCAGCCAAAACGCGACAGGGUGUAGAUGAUGCCUUCUACACAUUAGUGCGGGAAAUCAGGAAGCACAAGGAGAAGAUGAGCAAGGAGGGCAAGAAGAAGAAGAAGAAGAAGAAGAAGUCCAAGACAAAGUGCGUUGUCAUGUGAAGCAAAUGUGCUUCCGCUGGAAACAUGAAUAACAAAAACAUUCUUAAAGCCUGCUUAAAUGCAAGCCAAUGCGUUUUGUACAGUACACUAACUGGUUAGCCACGGGUUUUGCCAACAUCAAUGUUUCCUUAAAGGAACCGUUAGGUUAGCCGCGGUUGGGUGACUGUAAAUAACCCACACAGGCAUUUUUCUGAUGAGUGCCAGUAAGCCCUGAGUGGGCUCUUUGUGGGGGUGGGGGAGGGGGGUCCAGCCCAAACAAAGAGAUUUGAACCCCCCUCCCCACCCUCAGUUUUGAUUUACUACUAUGGAGAUUAUUUUUAGGAUCUCUUAGGUGUUGAAAGUGAAACCGAUGAAGUGAUUAUUUAACAUGGUGCAUUUCAGGCAUGGGUGGGUAAUGUCACAUUUGAUUGACCCUCCUGGAAUUCUGUCUGAAAGCUAAACGCUCAGUGCUGUGGUCCUGAAGUCACCCACAGCACUCCACCUUCAUCUAUGAAAGCAUCUGUGAAAUAGUUCAUAAAUGUUGCCCUGCUGUUUCCUGCUAGGCAUUCUCUCCUUGCAUGGUAAAAGGCUGGCUCUAUCCUGGCAGGUGGGAGCACAUCGCAUGGGUGGCUCUGCUGUGGUGGUUAGCUGGCCUGUUUAGAAUGACUUGUUCAGUGUAUUAUUGCAGGGAGGGGAGAUGAACACCUAUAGCUGUGGGUUUACAUUCCAGGUCCUUUUGGGUGUAAAUGUACCUGCUUUGAUCUGGCAGGUGUGCAGUUUAAAUUUCAUUGGAUUUAAAAAUUACUUUCAUUCUUCCUCGCUAAUUUCUCUUAUUUUCAAAAAAGUGAAGCAGGCUUUUCCUUUCUGGUGUACAAAUGGUUUUCCUCACUUAAAUCAAUCAACCUCUGACCAUAACAGCCAUCUACCUGUUUCUUAGGAAGUGUAUUUUAUGAAAACAGGUCUUCUGCUGUAAAGCAACAAUAAAUUCCUCCUACUUUCAAAACUGACUCCGAAGAGAAGUGGACAUUGGCUUUAGGGUUAUGUUUUUUGCCGUGUGGUCAUUGUGACCAGUGAUGUAUGUGUGUGUUAGUCAUGUUUCUAGACUCCUGAUUGGAUGACAGUCAUGGCCAGCUGUGAAAUGGGCUUGUCUCUUGCAGUGGGCAGUUACAUGGUGGUUAAACUUUAAGUCUGCAGUAUCAGACUCACUUCCUGGAAGCCUGUUGGAUACGCUGGCUAUUGCACCUUCUUUCAUGCUUAAUUUUUUAAAUUAUUCCAAUUACUGCAUUAUUUUUGAUCAAUCAAUGCUUUACAGUCCAAGACUAAGGAAGUAUAAAUCAGUGGAAAUGUGUUCAGCUCAUCAGUUAAUUAUCCUAAGCUAUGGUCAUUGGUUGGAAUAAAGCCCUGAGAGGUGGAUGCCACCACACCUUACAUUCUUUUUCCUGUUUCGGAAAUUUCAAUCCAGGAACAUUCCAGAAAGAUUCUGUCAAACGACUGACUGGUUGGUUAUUUCCUCUGAUUCUCUGAUCUCUGCAGAGCAGAUCGUCUCCAGCACAUUCAGAGCAUGAGCACAAUAAGGACCUUGUCCUACCCACCUCAUCUUUGCUGGUUGCCUUUUGCCUUGGGGUUGUGGAACCUUCAUAUUUGGGGGUGACUAUCGCAAUACCUCCCAUUGAAUGAAGGCUUAUUUUAUGUUGUCUGUUUAGGCCAGGUUCACACUGCAUGACUUUCAAAGUCGUCAGAUCGCUGUACUGUUCACACUACACAACUUGCCGUCUUGUAAUUGGGAAUCUUGAAGUCGGUGUGGUUUGCACAGUACAUGACUGAUCAGUGACAGGGGGGUCACACAUUACAAGAUCUUUCACCAGGAGGAAUCUCCGACAAGUCUGUCUGGUCUCCAAACUACGUUUUGUCACGAAAACACAAGCGAGAAGUGACAUGGGGAAUGACACAAUACCAUACACGAGACAGGGAUUUUUUUCUUCCAAAAAUGGUUACUGCAAUAUGGCCAAAAUAUCAUCUCGCAAUAUUUGUAUUUUG